AUGAAUCGAUUCGAACAAGUGGAAAGCACCCAGCAGAUGGCGCGUCUCAUGCGGUUGCCGGCGACGCCCAAGCCCAACUACAUGGACGUAGCGGCGUUUGAAUUCGGACUGUUUUACGUUGACUCGAGGUAUCGCCCGCCACCACCAAAUGAUGAACAAGUGGCCGCCAUAUUUGUGCACUCGCGGAAAGAAACCGCCAAAGCCAUCCGGGAUUUGUGCGUCGAGAAUGAUGCGCUGAGCGAGCUCACUCUGCGUCGUUCCGAG